GAACAGGGUCUCUCGCGCCUUCGAUUCGAGGUUCGGUCCCGCUGCUUAGUUAGAGGCCGCCAUGCCCAGUGCAACACCUGGGGCCCCGGCAGCCUCUGCCGCCAUGCAGGAGGCUUUGGAAGGAGCGGGAAGGAUCAUAGACAGGCUACUGCAAGAGGACCGAGCCUACCCGGACCUGUCCGAGCUGCUCAACGUGCCCGUGCAUACUUGUCCUACAAUAUCUGGUGUAUCUGAAAUGGACUAUCCUCUGCAAAGCCCUGGCCUGCUGACCAUUCCCAGCCUUCCGGAGAUCAGCGCUAUCCGACGGGUUCCUCUCCCUCCAGAACUGAUAGAGCAAUUUGGACACAUGCAGUGUAACUGUAUGAUGGGAGUGUUCCCGGAGAUCAGCAGGGCAUGGCUGACCAUCGACAGUGACAUAUUCAUGUGGAACUAUGAGGAUGGCGGUGACCUUGCUUACUAUGAUGGGCUCAGUGAAACAAUCCUUUCUGUGGGGCUGGUGAAACCCAAGACUGGAAUUUUUCAGCCUCACAUCCGCUUUCUGCUUGUUCUUUCUACUCCUGUUGAUAUUGUGAUCCUGGGACUGAGUUUUGCCAAUUUACAACCAGGUAAUCUUAAUGACAGCAUUUCUGGUGGAAUGCAGCUGCUUCCGGACCCGCUAUAUUCCUUGCCUACGGACAACACCUAUCUUCUGUCCAUAACCUCAACUGACAAUGGCCGCAUAUUCCUAUCUGGAAAGGACGGCUGUCUGUAUGAAGUUGAAUAUCAAGCUGAAGCGGGCUGGUUUAGCCAGAGAUGCAGAAAAAUCAAUCACUCCAAGAGUUCCCUUUCCUUCCUUGUGCCUUCUGUGCUGCAGUUUGCUUUCUCCGAAGAUGAUCCCAUUGUACAAAUCGCUAUUGACAACUCGAGAAAUAUCUUGUAUACCCGCUCUGAGAAAGGUGUUAUACAGGUGUAUGAUUUGGGUGUCGAUGGGCAUGGCAUGAGCAGAGUGGCAUCAGUAUCUCAGAACUCCCUGGUUUCAGCUGCUGGAAACAUUGCCAGAACAAUAGAUCGGAAUGUUUUCAAACCCAUCAUUCACAUCUCCGUCAUAGAGAUGUCCGAAUCUGUGAAUUGUCAUUUGCUGGCUGUCACGCAUACAGGUGUUCGGUUCUACUUUAGCACUGUGCCUUUUAAACAGCCGACAGCCCGGCCCUGCAUGUUGGCUUUGGUGCAUGUUCGCUUACCCCCAGGAUUUUCUGCUUCCUCAAACGUGGAGAAGCCAUCAAAGGUGCAUAAAGCUCUAUACAAUAAUGGUGUAUUGCUGAUGGCAGCAUCUGAAAACGAAGACAAUGAUAUGCUGUGGUGCAUCAAUCGCGACUCUUUUCCAUUUCAAAAACCAAUGAUGGAAACACAGGUGACUACUCAGGUGGAUGGUCAUUCCUGGGCUCUGUCUGCAGUAGAUGAACAGAAGGCAGAUAAAAUUGUGACCCCUUUAAACAAAGAUCUUAUCCCUCUCACUGACUCUCCGGUUAUUAUUCAGCAACAUAUGAUUCCUCCCAAACGCUUUGUGCUCUUGUCUGCCCAGGGAAGCCAUAUUUUCUACAAACUUAGACCAGUGGAUCAGCUACGACACCUUCUCGUUAGCAAUUCAGGAGGAGAUGGGGAGGAAAUAGAGCGAUUUUUCAAGUUACAUCAGGAGAAUCAGGCUUGUGCAACCUGCUUGAUUCUUGCAUGUUCAUCUGCUGCUUCUGACAGAGAAGUUUCUUCCUGGGCUGCACGUGCAUUUUUCAGGUAUGGUGGGGAGGCUCAGUUGCGUGUACAGUCAGCACUACAUGCACCCAGUAAUGUUGGGCCUAUCUUUGGUUCUCCUCUGCCAGUAGCUUCACCUAUUCCUGUAGGCAGUCCAAUGCCAAAUCCUAGCUUCCUGGGAACCCCAACACAAGGAGCCUGCCCUCCAAAUGUUUCUACUCCAGCAUAUGGCGUUGCAACCCCUGCGCCUCAGCCUCCUGCUGUACCUGGCAUGAUGGGAACAGAAAUUGUCUUUUCAGGAAAGCAUAAUGGUAUUUGCAUCUACUUCUGCCGCAUUAUCGGUAAUAUUUGGGAUGGAAGCGUAGCAGUGGAAAACACCUUCCAGAGCGGGAACAGAGAAGUGACAGCGAUUGACAGCAGUGUCACGCCACAGCAUCUGGAGUCUGUUCUUAAAGAGCUCAAAGGGUUACUGGAGUUUCUUGAUCGUUACUCCCAGUUUACUGCUGGAUCUCUUGGUAACCCCGGCUUUGGUACACCUGCAAAUCGCCAGCAGCGACUUGUAAGCCUGGGACGUCCUGACAUUGGAAGUUCACAACAAGCCCAACAGGAACUGCAAAGGAAAUACCAUACUGAAGCUCAGCUGGCAGAACAAUUCUCUCUCCAAGGAAUCCAUCAGCUGGUUAGAAAAAUGUGCCAAGCUCUUGCUUUGUGGAAGCUACUCUGCGAACAUCAGUUUAGCCUCGUUGUGUCAGAUCUCCAAAAGGAGCUACAGGAGCAGCUGAAGAUUACCACUUUUAAAGAUCUUGUGAUCCGAGACAAAGAGUUGACUGGGGCUCUUACGGCAUCUUUGAUCAGUUGCUACAUCCGAGACAAUGCAUCAGUAGAUGGAAUCAGUUACCGGCUCCAAGAAGUGUGUCCUCUUCUGUACAGCACAGAUGAUGCCGUGUGCUCAAAGGCAAAUGAACUUUUGCAAAGAUCACGGCAUGUUCCAAACAAACAGGAAAAGGAAAGAAUGCUACGAGAGUCAUUAAAGGAGUACCAAAAAAUAAGCCAACAGGUUGACCUUCCAAAUGUGUGUGCUCAGUACAGACAAGUACGCUUCUAUGAGGGAGUGGUGGAGCUUUGCCUUUCCGCUGCAGAGAAAAAAGAUCCACAGGGUCUAGGCCUCCACUUCCACAAGAACGGAGAACCUGAAGAGGACAUGGCUGGCCUGCAGGCAUUUCAGGAGAGGUUAAAUAGCUACAAGUGUAUCACAGAUACACUCCAGGAGCUGGUAAACCAAAGUAAAGCUGCACCACAAUCACCCAGUGUUCCCAAAAAACCAGGCCCACCUGUCCUGUCGUCAGACCCCAACAUGCUCAGCAACGAAGAGGCUGGAAUACAUUUUGAGCAAAUGCUUAAGCUGGCUCAGCGUUCUGCAGAUGAGCUCUUCAACAUAGCGCUUUUCAACUGGCUCAUACAGGCGGACCUCACUGACAAACUGCUGGAGCUGAAUUCACCAUUUCUGGAGCCACAUUUGGUGCGUAUGGCAAAGCUGGAUCAGAACAAAGUGCGAUACAUGGAUUUGCUUUGGCGAUACUAUGAGAAAAACAGAAAUUUCAGCAAUGCUGCUCGUGUUGUGGCCAAACUUGCAGACAUGCACAGCCCAGAGAUUUCACUGAAGCAACGACUUGAAUACAUCUCCAGAGCCAUUCUUAGUGCCAAGAGCUCCACUACUAUGUCCACCCUUGCUGCUGACGGCGAGUUCUUGCAUGAGUUGGAAGAAAAGUUGGAGGUAGCAAGAAUUCAGCUGCAAAUACAAGAGACCUUAACAAGACAAUAUUCCCACCAUUCAACUGUGGGGGAUGCAGUGUCACAGCUUGAUUCUCAGCUAAUGGACAUAACUAAGAUGUUUGGACAAUAUGCAGAUCCUUUCAGGCUUUCAGAAUGCAAACUGGCAAUCAUACACUGCGCUGGACAUUCAGAUCCUAUAUUGGUACAGACGCUCUGGCAAGAUAUAAUUGACAAAGAACUGAGUGACAGCAUGGGCAAUAGCUCAGUAGAUCGAAUGCAGUCGCUUCAUCUAAAAAUUACCUCUCUUGGGAAAAUCUAUGCCAGUACACCUCGCUAUUUUCCUUUAGAAUUUUUGGUGAAAUACCUGGAACAGCAGGUGUGUAACUUCAGCUGGGACGCCGGGUUUGUAACGUACACAAUGCAAGAGAUCAACGUGCCUGUUCCCAAGUUACUCGAAGUGUACGAUCACUUGUUUAAAGCAAGGGAUCCCUGGUGGAGUAGGAUGAAGAAACCUCUGCACUUGCUUGAAAGUAUUUAUAUCUUGCUCUCAGGGUAUGUACAGGAGCCAAGCAAAGUGCCUUCCUAUGAAAGGCGCCGGUUUACCACUCUGUGCCUGGAUGCAAUUUCCUGCUACCUAGUGGAACUCCAAUCAAUGGAUCCGGCUCCGGCGUUGUUAAAUACUGUAUCAAACUUCAAGUCUUUGCAAGCCAAAUUGGAGAGGUUGAGCUAGUCGAAUCACUGAUCCUUAACGCGAUGGAGCUAAAGUAAUGGACAGUUGUACAUGCACUUGGACGGGCUUUGGAGACCAUUCCAUUGCUCUCAACUUGUUUCCAGUCAUUUCUCUGUGUGUCCUGAUUGAAACUCGCAAUUAGGGAUGCACCGAAUUUGAGAUUCUGACUUUUUCAGCAGGAUUUGGAUUUGGCUGAAUCCUUGUGCCUGGCCAAACUGAAUCCUAAUUUGCAUAUGUAAAAUAGGGGCAGGUAGGGAAAUCACGUGGCUUUUCGUCACGAGAUUUUUUUCCUUUCCUGUCCCUAAUUUGCAUAUGUAAAUAAGGGUGGGUAGGGAAAUCGCGUUACUUCAUCACAACAGAAGAAUCUUUUCCAUUUUUUCCUUUCCUGACCCGAUUCAGUUCAGUAUUCUGCCAAAUCUUUCACCAAGGAUUCGGCAUAAUCCCAAAGAGUGGAUUCGGUGCAUCCCUACCUGCAAUACAAAUGUUUUAUUCCUCAACAAUCGCCAAUGACACAUAGCAAUGUUGCAUUUUGGUCUGUUUCGAACACACACAGACAUUUUCAUCUCCUGCAUUAAAUUUGUAGACUUGGU